AUGAGUGCUAAAUUCACUCAAGGAUUCGAGAACCCUCACGUCUCGUCAUACGAUGGGACUACAGAUUCAGUCGCGCACUUGAAUAAUUUUAACACUAUCAUGCAAGCCAGCAAUGUUACGAAUAAUUUACGGUGUCUUUUAUUCCCUACCUCGCUAGUUGGGGCAGUGAGCAACUAUUUCAACAAAUUUACACAUCAUUCAAUCACCUCUUGGGAACAGUUGUCUAAGGACUUCAAGAAACAGUUCCAGCUCACUACCCUUCAAGUAGGGAUCACGACUGAUCUCUCAACUGUUGGAGGCGAGCUAUGGGAUGACUUACAGGGUCGCCUAGUGAAGAACAUUAGUGAGUUCAAUGAAAGAGCUCAGAUGUUUGUUCAAAAAGAGGAAGCAAGAAAAGAGAUGAAGUUGUUAAAGACUGGCUCGGGAACUAAACCUAGCACUAUCUCGACAAGUACUAUCUCAACGAAGGCUAAUAAUCCAAGAGGCUCUAAAAGGAAAGAUGACUCCAAGGAAUCGGCCAAGCACAAGAAGAAACAGAAGAAGCAUGCCAAGGUCGCUUUCCGUAAACCUGAGCCCAUGAGGCAUGCGAGACAUAAGAGAGAUGCAACCAAGUUUUGUAAGUAUCACAAGGACAUUGGGCAUACGACAGAGGAAUGUCAUCAACUGAAAGACGAGAUAGAAAGUCUUAUCGUGCGGGGUCACUUCAGGCAAUAUGUGAAGCGACCAGGCGAUGGACAAAACCAGCCUAAUCCGCCUAAUAACCUACGCAACCAAAGAUUACAACCUUCUCCUCUCAAAGAAGAGGAUAUUCUGGUUAUCACAAGAGGACCACAUAUUACUGUGGAAAGUAACAAUGCCCAAAAGAGAUAUGAAAAAGAAGUUAAGAACGAGCAGUCUACUUUUGCUCGAAAACCUUCUAAAAGAGCUAAGAUUGAAGAACCUCCAAUUGUGUUCUCGGAGGAAGAUGCAAAACACCUGAGGUAUCCUCACGUCGACCCACUGGGAUACACUGAAGAAAAUGGGGCUAGAAAAAGCAAAUUAAAACCUUGCAUGGUAAAUCUAUGUGGAUUUACAGGUAACAGUGUCACCAGUCAUGGAAUAAUUGAGCUCCCAUUAACCGUGGGCGAAGAACCUUUAUCCACCAAUAUUAUGCAAGACUUUCUUAUUGUCGACCUGCUAUCAGCCUACAACAUACUAUUGGGUCGACCAGCGUUAAUUGGACUAGGGGCAAUCAAUUCAAUUAAGCACUUAUCCUUGAAGUUUCAGACACCGACAAAUGUGGGAGUAGUGUGA